AUGACUUCCUCUCUCGAUCAGCUCAAGCAAACCGGCACUGUCGUCGUCUGCGACUCUGGUGACUUUGCUACUAUCGGCAAAUACAAGCCCCAAGAUGCUACGACCAACCCUUCCUUGAUCCUGGCGGCUUCAAAGAAGCCCGAAUACGCGAGUCUCAUCGAUACUGCUGUUGAAUAUGGCAAGAAGACUGGCAAGAACCUUGACGAGCAGGUCGAUGCCACCCUCGACCGUCUUCUCGUUGAGUUCGGAAAGGAAAUCCUCAAGAUCAUCCCUGGCAAGGUCUCCACUGAGGUCGAUGCUCGGUUCUCCUUCGAUACCAAGGCCUCGGUUGAUAAGGCGUUGCACAUCAUCAAGCUCUAUAAAGAGGUUGGUGUUUCGCCGGACCGCAUCCUGAUCAAGAUCGCCUCGACCUGGGAGGGUAUCCAGGCCGCACAUAUCCUUCAGUCCAAGCAUGGAAUCAAUGUCAACUUGACUCUCAUGUUCUCGCAGGUGCAGGCCAUCGCCGGUGCUGAAGCUGGUGCUUAUCUGAUUUCUCCCUUCGUCGGCCGUAUCCUCGACUGGUACAAGGCCAACCACAAGAAGGAAUACACUGCUGCGGAGGAUCCCGGUGUCAAGUCGGUGCAGAACAUCUACAACUACUACAAGAAGCACGGGUAUAAGACCAUUGUCAUGGGUGCCUCUUUCCGGAACACUGGUGAAAUCACCGAGUUGGCUGGAUGCGAUUACUUGACCAUCUCGCCGACUCUCCUGGAGGAGCUGUACAACUCGACCGCUCCCGUGCCCAAGAAGCUGGACCCCUCGGGCGCGACCAGCCUGGACAUUCCCAAGGUUAGCUACCUAAACGACGAGUCUGCAUUCCGCUUUGACUUCAACGAGGACCCAAUGGCGGUGGACAAGCUGCGGGAGGGUAUCUCCAAGUUCGCCAAGGACGCGGUGACUCUGAAGGAGCUGCUGAAGGCGAAGAUCCAAGCAUAG